UACCUAGUUAUGCAACCCUGUAGUACUAACAACCCUCCGAUAUUCGAUGACUCAUGCUAACGUCAUCGUCAUUGUUCUUAGAAUGCUUAAGAUUGUUUAGACUGUAAGUUUUUUUGUCAGCCCCUUUUUUAUUGUAUCCCACGACCCAUGUUUGUGUCGCCUGGUCAGCGGCAGAAUAGAUCGAACUAUCGUCACAGAUAGACCUCGUCUGGUAGUUUUAAGUUUAGUUUUAAAAUUAGUUUUUAAAAAGUCUUUCGCUUGACACUGAAACUUGACUGGCGCUGCGGACAGGAUUGCUGUUCCAUAUAGCUUGCACGUCAAUUCCGCGAUUAUCGGUUCGGGUAUAAACUCUAUCUAACCGCGUGGAUAGAACGGCGCGAAUAGGCUUUACAGCAAUCCCUCGAACAAAUAAAUUCGUCAAGUGUAAAGAAGAUAGCACCGAGUAUGGCAGUGGCUGGUUGGUGAGUAAAACUCUUCGCCUUCCUUUCCCUUCUGUAUUUUUCAUUUGUAAAGGCUGCAGGUAAUUUUAUUUCUGGGAUCGAAAAUCUCCCGCUAUAACGAUUAUCUGUUUUGAGUUAGGCUAUACGCAGUCUCGCUUCCAAAUCAGCGAUUCUGUAAUAAGUUAGAUAGGCUAUACACAGUUUUGCUUAAAAUCAGUAACUCUGUAAUAAGUUAGUUAGGUCAUUAUAAACAGUCUGACUUCAAAAUCAGUUAUUCUGUAAUAAGUCCAAAGUAGACAUAAUAAUUAGGUAAUUACUUCAAAAUCAGUAAUUUCCCAAUACUUUAUUGAUAAUUAUUUUACAAUUGUGUGUUUUACAACUUUUACAAUUUUCCCUUGCUUUUACUUACUGUAUAUUUUUCUUGUGUAACUUUUUAUUGUGUGUAUUUUCAUUGUGUGUUUAAAUUGUGUAAAAUGGCUACUCUCACGCCUAUACCAGCAGAGAUGCUGAAGUUGAUCCCCAUGUUUAAUGGAGACAAACGACUCUUAAAUCUGUUCCUAAGAAAAUGUGAAUACGUCAUAGCCAAGUAUAGAGGCAACGAUACACAAAAUUUAUACCUGUAUCACUCUAUAACGAGUAGGUUAACUGAUGACGCGGCUGCAUUAGUUUCCGAGCGAGAAGAUGUAGACACUUCUGCAUUAAAAUCCCUCCUAGUUCAACAUUUUGGUGACCCACGUAGCGAGGAAUGUAUCGCUAUUGAGCUAGAGACCCUAAAGUUAAAGGCUAACGAGCCCUACACCGAGUUUUGUAAUAGAAUCCAAACAGUGCGCUCCAUAUUAUUCUCAAAGGUGAACGAGUUAACUGAUGAGAAUACGAAGCGUAGCAAGAUCGCCAUAUAUAAUAAUACAGCCCUAAACGUAUUUUUAUACAGUUUGCCUGAAAAUAUGGUUAGGAUUGUAAGAUUAAAAGGUCCCGACACGUUGGAAAAUGCAUUGUCUAUUGUGCUAGAGGAAGUAAACUUCCAUGACCAGUAUAACAUGAGGAAUAAAUUAUUGAAUAAUCACCAUAAUCUAACGUCUAAAUCAUCACAACCCAUUACGCAACCCAAACUCAUCUAA